AUGUCCAUAGGAUACAAAGCAAAUUCUCAUCGAGAAUACGGUGGUUGCAGUGGUUGUUCUUCUCGACGAUAUGGAUCAAGAGAAAGGCGUCGCGAGUGUUCUCGUGAUCGUAGUCCGGUCUCCGCCAUUCCUCCCAGGCAGUCUUUGAAAGCCCCAGAAUCCUCAUCACGUUCAAGACGAAGGGCAGCAACUAGGUAUUCAAAAGGACGUGGAGGAGGAGGUGGUGGUAGUGGUGGAAAGAAGUCCUAUCGAAGCAGUCAUCGCAGCAGGCGUCAUCGUUCAUCACCAACACCACGUAGGAAUCGAUCACCUUCUACAUCUUGA